CCGCCUGGGCAUUUAAUUUCUAGGUGGUGAUCACCUGAUAUUAGGUGAUGUAAGAUACAGGAAGCGUAACUUCUGCUUGGAAAAGAAAAAAAUUGGCGGCGUUAAAUGUUGCAUACCCUUGCCUGCGAUAUAAUUGUUUCAUUUAUUAAACAGUAUACAGCAGAUUUUAAGAUUAAAAGUAAUGCAACGAGGAAACGGAACUAAUGUAGCUUUUUAAACUUGUCAUGCCAAUAUAGGUAGUUGCAAAAUUCGACAUAGUGCUUGUUUUUAUGUGUAGUCAGUUUUUUUAGCAACUGUACGGAGACAAGUAGUUGUUUUAUAUAAAUUUUAAGCAUUGCGUUCUGUAGGAAAUAUCUUUUUUCUCACUUCACAAGACUCUUAAGUCAGAGUUGCAUGGUAAUUUGGUGGAGGAAUUUUCUAAGGAGAUUUGAAAAGACUUAUAAUUGAGGUUGGGGAAGAUUGAAAUGGGGUCGAAGAAGAGUAACACUUCUACAGCAAGUAAAAGUAAAUCUUUACAGACUAAUUUAGGACGCAAGAAUCAUGGGAACUUAUCGAACAUACGUGGUUGUGGCUCUUCUGGUGAAAUGCUAGAUCAGUCAGAGUAUCUCAGUUUUACCAAAGAUCAACUUAAAACAGAACUGAAGAGAAGAGGUUUAAAGGCUUCAGGCAAUAAGACAGAACUGUUACAGAGAUUGGGUUUCAAUAUGAAUAUGUCCCGAGUGGCUAAUUCUACUGUGAAACGAAAAAGUGAUGGAAUGACAUCAUCAGGACAUAGAAAUGGUAACAGUCUGACAUCACAGGCACAAGUUAAUACUUCUAGAGUGGCUGAAAAGGCAGAACGUGAAGCCCUUGUUCUCUGGAGACAGCCAAUUAAAACUCUAAAUUACUUUGUACGAGAACUGUUCUUAGAUCUCUACAUAUAUGGAAUCAAACUAUUCCAGUACCGCUUGGCUCUUGGCAUUGUCCUUCUAGUCACCAUAGUUUGUUCUGUGUUGGUAAAUAUAGGUGGACCACAUCAACAAUACUGGGACUCUGUCUGUAAGCAGACUAUGUGGUGCUUGUACUGGUUAGGUUUGGGUGUGUUGUCUUCGGUGGGACUUGGAACUGGUCUGCACACAUUUCUGCUCUACCUAGGACCUCACAUUGCUACAGUGACAUUGGCUGCAUAUGAGUGUGGCAGUCUUAAUUUUCCUGAACCUCCAUAUCCAGAUGAAAUAAUCUGUCCAGAUACAGUAGAUCCAACAUGGGAAGCAAGCAUCUGGAACAUCAUGUCAAAGGUUAGAAUAGAAGCAAUGAUGUGGGGUGCAGGCACAGCUUUAGGAGAGUUACCUCCAUACUUCAUGGCAAGAGCAUCUAGACUCUCUGGUUAUGACCCUGAUGAUGAAGAUGAUCUCAAGGAAUUUGAGGAACUCCAGCGUAAGAAAAACAACCCCGAAUCAAUGACACAUUUAGAUCGAGUGAAGCUAUUUGUGGAAAGACUAGUGGAGAAAGUUGGUUUCUUUGGCAUUCUGGCUUGUGCCUCUAUUCCUAACCCACUGUUUGACCUGGCAGGGAUCACAUGUGGACAUUUUCUUGUCCCCUUCUGGACAUUCUUUGGUGCAACUCUUAUUGGUAAAGCUGUGGUAAAGAUGCUUAUUCAGAAGAUGUUUGUCAUCAUUGCAUUUAAUGAAAUGCUGGUUGAGAAGGCUGUUGCUACAUUAGCAUACAUUCCAGCUAUUGGCCCUAAACUUCAAGAACCAUUCAAACACUUCCUUCGCAAGCAAAAAAUGAAGCUGCGUAGGAAACCAGGAGAAGAGGUGCCAUUGGAAGGAAACAUACUAUCAUCAAUUUUUGAGAAGUUUGUGGUAGCAAUGAUCCUGUAUUUUGUGAUCUCCAUUAUCAAUUCACUAGCCCAGAGCUACCACAAGAGACUACAUAAACAGCCACGUAGUUUAAAGAAGUCAUCAGAUUGAUGAAGCCAUGUUUUCUAGUUGCCAUAUCGAAACGUUAGUGGCUUGGAAGAGAAUUUGAAACCACCUGUGUUUAAAAAGCUGGAUUUACUGUCCCAUAAGUGUGGUUCCUUAAGUAGGAUUGCUACAUUCAGUUAUUAUCACUAUACAAGUUUUGUAAGCAGAUAUUUUCAUGCAAUGUUUGGAGUGGGUUAUUUUUUUUUUCAAGUGUGAUUUUGCCACUUUUCUUUAGGGAUAUAGACUCACCAAAUUUGUACUUAAUUCCUUUGAAUUGGGCUUUAUUACAUUUUUUAUGGUAUGUAACCAUGAUUACGAAUUGUGCAGGAUAAUGUUUUUUGUUCAGUAAUGUACAUUUGAAGACACUGUAUUUGCACCCUUCUAAGCAGACUUUCCAAUUACAGUGUGUACUAGUACAUCAUCUCCAGGCUGUGAUUUGAAUAUUAUGUAAAUUUUCUCUCCUGAGUGUUGUUUUCAUAUUGCUUACCAAGAGCAGAAUAGUUUUAAUAUUAAGAGAACAGAUGCAUAAUAUACAUGCCUUAUCCUCAUAUUACUACACAAAAUUUAUCCAUAAAAUAUAUGUAUCUUACAUCCAAAUCAUCUUUGAUUAAUAUUAAAUUUAAUAUUUAUGCAUAGUACCUACAUUAAUAGUCUUUCUCCAUCAUGCAUUUCAGAAUUGUGUUGUUUUUUAGGGUUAGCAUUUAUAAUUGUGUAUACAUUCCCAUUUAAUUGUCUUUGUAGAAUAUUUCAAGUUCAAUAUCAUUGUAACAUGAAGAGGUAUGUAGAAAAUUGAUUUCAGCACAGGAAUUUAAUUUCGUACUUCCUGUUUUUGUAUAUGGUCAGGUUCCCCCCUUUCUGUUUUAUAGAAGUUCUUCGUAAAUUUUGCUGUUAUGGGUCACAACCAAUCUUGUAAGGGAGCCCAGUCUGUUUCAGUGCAUUUACUCAUAUGUCCAUAAACCUGAGUGCCCUCUUUUGUAAAACCAAAGAGUGUGAGAUUUGGGGUUCUCAUGGUGGUGAAGAUGUCAGUGUUGAUUUGCUAGGUUGUGAUGUCACAUGGACUUGUAGGUAGAUACUGUUUAACACACUGUCUCUAUCGUCAAGGCUCUAUCAUCUGCUCUGAAAAUGCAGGCAGUAUGUAAAUAAUGUUUUACAGGAAUAUACUCCCUCCAUCUUCAGGGUUGAAGAUGGCAAAAUUUUAUUCCUAAGAAGUGUUGGUGUCUGCAUAAAAUCCAUAGAAAUGAUGUUACAACCUGGAAGACCAACAUCAACACUAAACAGUUUGAUUAAUAUAGAACCACACGCACACAAUAAGUGUUCUAGGGUGGGGAAGACACAUUUAAUUUUCAAGAUUAUGCAAGUAAUUUUACUGAUGUGGGCUGGCUGAGUCAAUCUCGUGACCAUAGUUUGAUUCCUGGUAUGGGUAUUUUCCAUCGCAUCCAUACUGUCUCUGGGGUCCACCCAGCCUGUUCAGUGGGUACCAGGGAUGAAAUGUCCAGGACACAAUGCUGACCACUUGCUUCCAUCUAGUGCCAAGGUUAAGAAUGUGUGGAGCUAUAUUUCCACUCCCUGUCUUCGUAGCAUGGUGUUUAACUAAGUGCUGAGACAACUUGACCUUUCUGUAUUAACUCUUACACAUUUGAGACCAUAGCAAAUGAAACAAUUAGAUUUUCAUAUUCUCAUUACUAGGUAUGGUAGCUAAUUGUUAUACAAUGUACUGGCCUACAUUUAUAAUAAGAUAUCAUAAACACUAAAUUUUAAUUUAGGUACAGUAUUAUUCAUAUGCUCCUGGUAAUGGUUCUUUGAUGUAAAAUGGUUUUAAAAAUGUUGAUAUUAGGUGAAAUAAUUUUUAUUCAAUGUCUGGUUAGAAGGGACAUUUACAGUUAAAAUUUGCUGCACUUUCUUACCAUUUUAUAACUAAGUAACAGAUAUGUUGGACUAGACUUGGUACAGUUUGCUAGUUUCUCAUUUGAUAUCUUAUUUAUUCAUGUUUCCAUCUUCAGCAUAUAAUUUGAUGGUGUUGAGAGAUUCCAGUAGAAUUUGAAGAUGAGUUUUGUAAAUAUGUUUACACUCUUGGUCACCAUAUUCAUGUUUCUCACUGCAAUUUCUUGUGAAAUAUAGUGUGAAAUGUGUUUCUGAAUAUGUGUUGUUGUUUAAAAAAUACUGAUUAGAAUGCAGAAUAGUAUAAAUUUGGUAAGAAAAUGCAGUAUGUAGUCAUUUUUUAUUCUGGUGCUAAACCUUCAAGAUAUUUUGUAAAACCUUUAAAAAAUAUAUCAGAUCAGUACAUUGAUGCUGUUGCAUUAUGAAGCACUCAGAAGCCCUCACAUCUUGUUCUCAGGGAACAGCAUUUUCGAUUCAUUUGUUUUUUCACAAGUAUGAAGCUGGAAAUCUUAGAAGUACAACUACACAAACUGGAAAUUGCCUAUGAAGGGAAAUAAAUUAUAGAAGGAAGUGUCACAAGUAAUGUGCAAUUGCUGAGCUCACAUGUACAUUUAUUAUGAAACAAUGACAAAUGGUUAAUUAUUUUAAAAACACACCCAUGGAAUUGUUUGUAGCACGACAUUUUUCGUAUGUCCUACAAGUGACUCUACCCAUUCCCAUUUUAAUUCCAUUUUUUUAUAAUAAAACUUUCAAAUAAGUAGUUCAGUCCCUGUAAGAAGUGGAAUUUAUUUUAUUUUGUUUUGCCCUGUAGGAAUGAUAUAUUAGAUAUGUAUUAUGUGAACAAAUGAGUGCCCUUGAAGAAUGAUGUAUUUAUGAACAUUUAUGUAUGCCACAAUGAUAAAAGGGUGCCUUUAUUUUCAACUGUAUGUGUUGUGCUUGUGUGAUGUUUAUUUCCUGUUCCUGCUUCCUAGUACCAGUUGUUCCACAGUGUUUGCUGUCAUAGAUUUUCCCAUUCCAUUGAUGAAAUAUAUUUUUUUUAACAGUUUGAGCUGUGAGAUAGUGUAGCACACAAUAUUUGGAACUGCUACUUGUUGGUCUUGACAUACAGAAAUACUGUGUUUCAAAAAAGGCGCUAUGUUAAUUUAUAACUGGUGACACAACCCUUCAGUGCUGUGCUAAGGAAACUGCUUUGUUGCAAUAUAGAUUAAAUUAAACAAGUAAACAUAUUUUGGAAUAAAUGGGGAAAUAGUUUCAUCCUUCUACACACACUCACCCUGCAGGACAGUAUCAUCAAAUGUUUUAUAAACAUGGUAAUUGUAUAUCAUGACCACAGGGGCACUGGAUAAUCCUUGUUUCCCUUGUAAAAAACAGUGCAGUAUCAACCAGUGUCCAGUUUCCAAAUGUUCAUGCAGAUAUCCUUUUACCCAGGAUUGUAUUUUAUAAUACUGUGCAAUGAAUAUUGCAGAAACUGGGAAAUGAUGAUAUGCUUCUUGAUUUAAGUGAAGUUCCUUUUAAAUUUUAAGAAUUCAAUUAUUAUCAGCUAGAGUUAGUGUGAUUUGUGAAAUGCCCUGAAAUGUUUUUAAACUUAAUAGUCCUUACAGGCUGAAAAGAUUGAAAUUAAGACUAUAAAAAUGUAUUUUAUCCAGCCAGAAUUCUUGUGAAAAAUUUCCACUUAUACUUUUAUCACACAUCUAAUAAGACAAUAGUGUUAAUUCAUUUUAAAUUAAUAAAAUGUAUGCAACUUUGUAGUUUUCAUUGUAUUGUUCUUAAUGACAUGCAGAAUUUAAAGAUGCAUGAAGGUGAACAAACUGUUUCAGUUGUUAGGCCUAAAUGGAACUCUUAAAAUAAAAAUAGUUAAGUGUUGGCAAUAGAUUUUCCUUGGAACCACUUCAGUUAUUAUAUCUUCAGUUCACAAACGUUUUAAUUACACUGAAUGAAACCAAGACAUCUUCACAAUAUAUGUGCAACUAUAGACCUUUAUUUCAUAUGAAGGACUGAAAAUGGACUCUUCAGAAGUAGAAUUUGUUGGAGAAAUCAGUUCAUAAAUGUGUCAUAUUGAUUUGACAGUUUGAUAAGCCCUGUGCUAGUGUUAAGCAUGUGUCAAACUAUAUAUUAGACUUUAAUGAGAUAUAAGAUGAUGUCUUGUGGCAAAACAUUUUACAAAAUACAUUUAAUUAUGGAGCUUGCAAUUGUUUUGGAAAGAUAUAUAAGUUCGAGUGAAAUGCAUUUUGUAUAGGUGUUAAGGACUGAACUGGAAAUAUCUGAACCUACAAUAUGGAUAACUGUAGUUUUGGGCUUGGACCUACCUAGGGAUUUGAGUGUAUCUUAACAUCAGACAAAGCACAAAAUACCAAAUAGACAGAUUAUAACUUCAUUAGCUGUCUGUUUUAUCCCAGCAAUGGCUCGACUGGUUUAUAAACAGUCUGCUGGCUCUGAGGCACUGGCAUGUUUAAAUUGGACAUACCCAGAGUCCUGUGAAGCUUGUAUAUUUGAACUCUAUUGUGUCUCUUUGUAUUCAGCCCUUUGAUGAGGUCAUAUAUAUAUAAAAAUAAAUUCGGUGUCAGGGUACUGGAUGGAAGUACCCAUAUGUUUCUCCACUUUCCAAGUCCACAACAAAUCUUUGCUUUGCUGAGUAUUGUAAUAUUUUCACAUUUCUGUGGGACUGAUUACAUUAAGUGAGUAAUCAGUUUGUUUGUCUAUGUAAACCCUCAGUUAUAUUUCUUUUGUGUGACAUGAAAAUUAUGACGGACUGUAAACCAAGCAAGUGAACAAACAUUGCUUGCAGACAGUGGGCUGUACAACUGCAUAAAAGAUAGAUGAAACAGCAUUCUGAUCCCUCAUACUCUGUUGGUAGCAACACUUGUGUUGAGUCUGAAUCUGAACCAGUUGCAAGAACUUGUCAAUACAACUUAAUGAAAGAAGCAGAUGAUUGAAAUUAAUUUCUGUGGAAAAACAUGAACACAGGUGGCAUAUGUGAUAAUUUUACUGUGUAAGGAAAGAGUCACUCUGGCAAUGCAUCUAGAUCAUUUAAGUGUCACCCAUCAAAGGGUCAACACAAUAGUAAAAUUAUUGUGUAUCUUCCUA